CGUCAAUACCUUAAAAAAUGCAUACAUCAUUGUGUAAUGUGCUGUAACUGACUAAACUUCAUCUGGACACAAGAACAACCGAAGUUGCUCUUGCUAGAUAAAGCUCAAACCUCAGUUUAUCAUAAGAGCAACCGAAGAUGCUCUUACUCGGUAAAAGCCAUAACUUAUAUUACUCGAACAGAAGAUCAUCACAAGAGCAACCGAAGAUACUCUAUACAAGAAUGCCACAGCACCAAAAAAAACCAAAUCCUAACCUCAAACGCGUCCAAAGCACUUUUUACGUUGACUUCGAGUUCAUGCUCGUUCUUAAGUUUUAGUAGUAGCACAAUAGGAACUAUUUUCGACUUGAACUUCUUUCACGAAAGAAGCUUGCUCCCUUCUCUUUAUCAGGUAUUCGUAAAGAUAAUUGUCGCAUAUAUUUCUGAACACGCGACUUCUCUUUCUGUAUUGUAGGCUUUGAGUUAACGAUAAUUUUGGAUUAAGU